AUGACACUCAUCGAAAAAGGCUGCGACAAAUCGUCGUCGAACGAUUUCGUUGGAACAUCGGGUAUUCCACCGCCGCGCAAUGUUUAUACGGUGUCGCCUUCCCUCUCUGAUUCGUCAGACGCUUCUCGACGCCGAUUAUCAUCAACAACAACUCGUCGUUCGUCUUUUCUCAACAGCUUCCGUGAGCUUCUUCAUCCUCGUUCGGGAAGUCUUGGCGAUAAAAUGUUCAAAAAACAAGAUAAUUUGCGUAAAGUGCAAGUUCGCGAGUGCAAUGUCGAUGAAGUUUAUGACUUGCGUCAGGAUAAAAACGAUUUUUACGAUGAUGAGACUGCAUUCCGUCGCCCGAGAUCGAACAGUUCGGACUUUCUCAUUCUUCGCAAAACGUCUCGUCCGUUGUCAGUCAACGUUGUUGGAUUGAUUGAUCAACAAACUGAUCCGUAUCGUCAAUACAUGAAAGUUGUCGAUGUCUACGAGUUGUGUCCGCAGAACUCGCAGGUUCACGCGGUUGAUCACAAACUGUCCGCCCAUCGUGCGUUCAUGAUCCUUCGCGACAAAAAGAUCUCGUCGCUUCUCGUUUGGAAUGCGGAGAAGGAGGAGCUGAACGCGAUUCUCACGCUCACCGAUUUUCUCAUUUACAUGCGCAGCGGAAAAAAGAUCGACGACAAAUGUCUGGUUCGGGACAUUCUUUCGGGCAGCCAACUUGUCGACGUCGGAAUUUCGGCCAAGAUAUUCGACGCUUGCUCGGAACUCCAACAAAACAAAAUGCAUCGUUUGGGAGUUCGCGACGAGCUCGGAAACGUGGUGUUCAUGGUGACUAUCAGAAGAGUGUUGACGGCAAUCCACAAGCAGAACCGCUCGCUCCAUUUUGCUCAAUGGCUCAGCCAUCCGGUUGCUGUUGCGAAUAUUGGCACCUGGGACGAUCUCAAAACGGUUCGCAAGGAUAUGACAAUUAUGGUCGCGAUGGGCGAAAUGAUCGGAUUCCGUUUGUCGACAAUGCCAAUCGUCGACGCGGACGACAAAGUGAUCGGAGUAUUGACGAAGAAGGAUAUCUGCGAGGCGCUUCCACUUGACGUUGAGGAUCCGAAGAAUUGGAUGGAGACGACCACUUUGGAUGACAUUCGUGAUUUUUGCAAACGCGAGAUUUUCAUUUCGUCGAGCCACACAAUUGGAGCCGUUCUUGAUUCCCUUCUCACCGGGCCCUCGAACACCGCAUUCGUUUUGCACAACCAGAUUGCGAUCGGCGCGAUCUCGUUGUCCGACAUUCUGCGCUUCAUGAUGAACCAUCCGAGCGAGGCGCUUCUCGAUAAUGGAAUGCCGACGCCGGAAUCGAAGGAAGGAAGCAGCGAGAGCAUUCGUUCGCCACUUGCGAAAUAA